AUGGCCGACUGCUGCUCCCCUUGCUGCCAGCCCACCUGCUGCAGGACCACCUGCUGCCAGACCACCUGCUGGAAACCUACCUCUGUGACCACCUGUUGCACCACACCCUGCUGCCAGCCCAGCUGCUGUGUGUCCAGCUGCUGCCAGCCUUGCUGCCAACCCACUUGCUGCACCACACCCUGCUGCCAGCCCAGCUGCUGUGUGUCCAGCUGCUGCCAGCCUUGCUGCCAACCCACUUGCUGCAGCACACCCUGCUGCCAGCCCAGCAGCUGUGCACCCGUCUACUGCACCAGGACCUGCUACCACCCCACCAGCGUCUGCCUGCCUGGUUGCCUAAACCAGAGCUGCGGAUCCAGCUGCUGCCAGCCUUCCUGCUGCUGA